AUGGAGGACUCGGACGUCAUCGCUUACAUAUAUCCUUUCGGAAGCGGACACGAUCGCGAAAGGGCUAGGGACGUGAUCGAAGCGGCCCCAGGGAGUCUGCCCCCACCACUGACACAGCCUGUCUCCACCGAGUACGAUCGGCACGAACGAGCAUCAACUGAGCCGCCAGCCGACAUUUUUGUGGCACCACUCAACUAUCUGCCACGCCUUCCAAUCUGCUUCAGUUCCAUUCCACGGACACAGAAAGGGUUUCUUUUCGGUAGAAACAAGAACUGCGAUGUGGUCCUCGGGUAUCAGGGCGUCUCCAACAUCCACUUUAGCAUUACUUUUGAUGAGCACAACCGACUCAUCAUCAAAGAUUGGAACUCCUUGGCCGCCACCACUGUCGCAUACGAUACGGACUAUACAGAGCCACGUCGAAACUUCCAGUGGAUCAUCGGUGGUCACGAUGUCCCGGAUCGAAAGCACAUAAUCGUGGUCACGAUACCCGGCAUUGUAGCCUUCCAGAUCGUGGCGGUUUGGCACGACGUGUUAAAUCCAGCAUAUCACGACAAGGCCAACCGCUUCAAGCAGGGCAGCGCAAAUGCGGAGACUCUCCUCCAAGAUGCGCAAUUAUCAUACGCACUAACAAGAUCCGGCACGGGAGUUCACACUCCCAACAAGGGAGCGAUCUACGUCAGGUCGUCUCUUGGAAGUAACACCUACAGCUCUGUGAACCGUCUCUGGAAUGUCAGCACUGGUGCAGAGACAGUGGAGAAGGUCCCUUCGCCAGGAUCAAUCCAAAGGAAGAGCUACGAUACAGGAAUCUGGCAGAAGGAGGCUGCAAUCAUGGGUCGACUCUCCCACGACAAGAUUGUGAGACUCCUAGCAUGCUCAUUCGAUCCAACGCCUCGACUUGAAAUCGAAUAUAUGCGGGGCGGGUCUCUCGACAACUACGGGGACCUAACAAAUCAGGAGGUAAUGUCUAUCACCAGCCAAUGCCUGUCCGCCCUGACGCAUAUGCACGAGCUGGAGCCACCAAUCAUCCAUCGAAAUAUCAAGCCGGCUAAGAUCUUUGUCGUUGAUCGGAUCGGAGACCGAAUCACUAUCAAGCUUGGGGGUUUCGGUCUAUCGAAACACGGUUUCUUCAAAACGCAGGGCGGCACACCAACAUAUCUAGCACCGGAGAUCUUACGGCCUCCAACGAGUCGCGGCCCAUCCUACACAGUUGCUGUCGACAUCUGGUCUCUUGGUGUCGUGGCGUACGAGCUGGCGAUUGGUCUUCCAGAGUUCGACGGACAUCGCAGCCAAGGGACAAUUUGGCCGGCUUGGCUCGAGGACCAGAUCAUGCACGCUGAAGGGCAACUGGCUUCUUUUCUGGCCAAGAGGAUGCUGGUGUGCGACGAAGAGCAUCGGAGUAGUGCUAGAGCAUGCUGGUCCCACCUGGACCAGAUUCAGCAUAAGAACGACCCCCAUUACUCAGCGGACGAAGCCGCUGCGUACUUUGAUGAA